AUGAUGCAAGAAUGUGAUUUACCUUACAGAUUAAUUAUUGAUGGGACUACUUACAUCAUGCAGGCUUGCGGUUUUUGGGGAGGAAAUCAUUAUUGGUGUAAAGUGAUACGAACAGUUGGUGGCCUGACAGGUGCGUGGCAUCAUAAUGAUAUGGAAAAUGCUGGAAUUGCGAAGUUGGUAUCUAGAGAUGUAGAGAAUAUUGGAGGACCUUUACCUAAUACGAGCUGGGUUAUCUAUUCUCAAGCACCUACGGUGGCUGAGUCAUUGAUAAUCAAGGAAGCAGAUAGCAAGAUUGACCGGUCUGUGGGCAACAAAGAAUUAUUAGACCGACCAUUUUCUCAAUCUCAAAUCGAAGGGGAUGAACAUGAAGUUGAUGAAGAGGUACAAAACAUGAAUAUUGAAGAAGAAGAUUAUGAAUUACCCAAUGACUCAGAUCUAGAAAUUGUUCACAAUAAUAUCAACGAGGUAGAGGAUAUGUUUACCUUGGAUGAUGAAGCCCCUGUGCCAAAGUUGAAACCAAAACAAAGUCGUAAAAAAACUCCCAAUAUCCAGUUCAAGACCAGCAAAGAGAUGGAAGGUAUGUUUGCCUCCGACAAAGUUGCUAGUGAAGCAACUUUGGAACCUUUGCAAAAUAAAGACUUGCAAGUGAUGUUUGCCUCGGAGGAUGAUUAUGCUAUUGAAGCGCCUUUGGAAACUGUGAAGGCAAAGCAAAAAAAACAAGGACGUAAGAAAUCAAUUCUAAAACAAGAGAAAGAAAACGUGGAACCUUUGGCAAAUAAAUCAAAACGAGGACGUAGGAAAUCAAUUGUUAAAGAAGAGGUGUUGCCCUCAGGUAAUGUAGACACAGAAGAGAAGGUAUCUUCCAAGAAGGUAUCUUCAAAUAAACAAAAAUGUGCAUGUGAUGGCGACGAACUUGCAGGUGAUGGUGCAAAAGCAAAGAAAAACCCCCAAUGGAAAGGAUGGGUUGAGGUGGAAGAGAACGUGGCAGAAGAAGAUGACGCUUUGGAGGUGGCUGCUGACAGCAGCCAAGACCGUAAGGCCGGUAUACGUGUAUCAAAGCGUACAAGGCGUAAGAGGGAGUAA